AUUCGGAUAUAUUGAGUAGCGAAUUGGAUACUUUAAGUAGUACGUCAAAUAUUUUGAGUAGUAAUAAUCAGUCAACAAUUAUGGAAGAAGUUGGACUACAAUCAGAAAUAAUAGCUGCUUUGAGUAUUAUAACUACAGAUCUUCCUCAGGGCAACAAUCUUGUGGAUACAAAAUGCUAUAGUAGUAAUCAAGAAUGUAGAAGUUGUUUGGUAUCUAAAGAACAGUUAAGUGAUAUUAGUUUUGAUAUUAAGUUAAAUGCCAG